ACUGCACAAAAAAUCAAGGGGACUAAACACCAUGGAAAACUGGGUAUAACACAAACUGAACAUGACCCACAGUCAGGUGAUGACUCCACCAGCAGAGAUGAAUCAGAUUGUACCCAAGCACUCUCAAAGAGCACCAGUUCAACUCAUCAUUCAGAUUCUAGUCCACUCCACAAGGAUCCUGUGGUAGUGCUAACCAGGUUGGCUGAGGUGGUGGUUAAGACACUUCUGAGAGACAUUAAAGUGUGUUUGGUGAAAGAGGAGACGAAUGUCAGGAGGGAUGAAGACAACCAUGGAGGUAAUUCUCCUCAGUUCUUUCCUUGUCCACACUGCACCAUCUCCUUUACUGACUGUUACUUCCUGGAGAACCACAUCAAGAACAAACACCAGAAGCAGUACCUGGCCAUGUUGAAAAGCCAAGUCUCAAAGAGUAAAAGAGUGUAUGGCCCCACACACAGCUGUCCCCACUGUAGCUACAUGUUCCAUACACCACGACAGCUAGACAUUCAUACCCGCCAGGCCCACCCCUCUGCCCGUCCCCAGAAACCUGCCCCUCCACGGAGAACUGGCCGUCCCCACAGGGUUCAGGAGAAAUUCCACACCUGCCCACAGUGUUCCCGCAGAUUCAAGUACCUGGGCAGCCUGCUGAAGCACUACAAGAGUUUGCACAACAUGUCCAUUGUUCGCACCGAUGGACACAGUUGCGCGGACUGUGAGAAGAGCUUUGAGAAUUUCUGGAGCCUGGGGCCUCACCGGUGUCACGAACCAGAGGGUUCUAGACCUAAGGACACUAAACAGGUGAUCUGUCUGGAAGUUGGCUUCCAAUGCUUAGAUUGUGGCAAGAUCCUCACUACUCUUACAAGCCUGAACACUCACAUGCGCAUCCACACUGGUGAGAAACCUUAUGUCUGCAAGGAGUGCGGCAAAUGCUUCUCAGAUACCAGCGCUUGCCGUUAUCACUUGUUAAUACACAAUGGGGUCAAGCCAUUCAAAUGCCAGGACUGAGGGAAGGAUUUCAAACAGAAGUCGCUCCUCAGGAAGCACAUGACUGUUCACUCUGGUGAGAGGAAGUACUCCUGCUUCCAAUGCGACAGGCAGUUUUCCUGAAGUCUGAAUCUUCACCUGUGCACACACUCAGGGGAGAGACCUUUCAAAUGUACUGUCUGUGGUAAAGACUUUGCUGACAAAUGUUAUCUGAAGACGCAUCUGAAGAUCCACAACAACCAGAAAAACUACCAUUGUGGGGUUUGUGGGCAGAAGUUCAUAAGGAUUGGGGUGCUGAACAUACACCUGCGCUCACACACCGGUUGCACAGUGUGUGACAAGCAAUUUGCCGGACUCGACCUGAAGAACCACCAGCGCACUCACACAGGUGAGAAACCAUACACCUGUACCGAGUGCGGUAAAAGCUUCACUCAGUCUGGAGAUCUGGCUUAACACAAGCGCCACCACACUGGGGAGAGGCCAUUUGAAUGUUCUGAAUGCCACAAACGGUUUAUCUGCUCAGGUUCUCUGACCCUGCACAUGAGGACCCACACUCACCGAAAAUCCACAAUGGGAAACGUUAUUCCUGUCCCCUCUGCUUUAUCAGCUUUGCUCGCAAGUCCAACCUCUCCAAAUACUUGCUUAGAUGUCAUAAACCUAAAUGAUAAUGAUCUAUGUUUUUAACAUAACACAUUUUAUGAAGCUGUUACUCUUAUGAAUUAAUAGGAGUGGAGUCCGAUCUCUUGUCAGGGAUGGAUGUGUGACCACAAAUGCUAACGAAAUGUUGCUCCCCUGUUUAUGAUAACGCCACAAUGGUUUAGCAGUCCUCCAGGUGGGUCACACAGUGAGCUCCAUGUAUUGGGACAGUGACAUGUUUUGGCUCUGUACUUCAGCACUUUGGAUUUGAAGUGAUACAAUGACUGAGGUUAUAGUGCAGACUGUCAGCUUUAAUUUGGGGGUAUUUUCAUCCAUAGCGGGUGAACUGUUUAUUAAGAACAACACUUUUUGAACAUAUUCCCUGCCCGUUUUAAGGGAAACGUUAAAUGAUUUGGUCCCAUAUUCCUAGCACGCAAUGCUUACAAUCAAGCUUGUGACUGGAUGCAUUUGCUGUUUGUUUGGGUGUGUUUCAGAGUAUUUUGUGCCCAAUAGAAAUGAAUGGUAAAUCAUGUAUUGUCACUUUUAUUAAAAAUAAGACUAGAAUGUUUUCUUCUAUAUUAGUGGCUACCAUGAUUACGGAUUAUCCUGAAUGAAUCGUGAUUAAUGAGUGAGAAAGUUGGAGGCAUAAAUAUCAUACCCCCCGACAAUAUCUUAACCUCCCAUGUUAUUGUAAUGGUAAGAGGUUAGCAUGGGGUAUAAUAUGUGUGCGUCUGUACUCUUUCUCACUCGAUAUUCACAAUGUAUUCAGGACUAUUAGUUAUCAUGGUAGCAUCCAACAAGUUAGUAGAGUAACAAUCUUGAUGUAAUCAUUUGGUCCCUAGGAAUAUGGGACCAAAUACUAAACUUUUGACUACUUCACUACACAAGUGAUUUUGUCCCAAUACUUUUGGUCCCCUAAAAUUGAGGGAUUAUGUUCAAAAAGUGGUGUAAUUUCUAAACAGUUCAUAUGGAUAAAAAUACUCAAAUAUUAAAGCUGACAAUCUGCACUUUAACCUCAUAGUCAUUGUAUCAUUUCAAAUCCAAAGUGCUGGAGGUACAGAGCCAAAGGAACAAAACAAAAAUUCACUGUCCCAAUACUUUGAGCUCAGUGUAUAUUAGGUUGUUAUCAUGAGGGCCAUGAACAAUAACUAGUAAUGCUGUAUACUCAAAGGAGUUUUAUCUAACUUUUCUGGUUAAAAAAAAAAAAAGUUAAAUUACUGAGAUGGUCACUUUGAGGACACAAGCUCAAGUACACAGUACAAAUAUGAUGCAUAAAGUUUCAUUGUAUUUCCUAUUCAACAAAAUUGUAUGAAUAAGGCUUGAAAUUACUUGCUUUCUGAAUAUAGCAUAAAUAAAUUAUAAAAUUACUAAGAUUUCAUGUUCCUUAUAACUUAUAAUUGCCCCCAUUGCUGUGAACGUCUCACAGAGCUCUAGAUUGGCUUUAGGAACUCUCCUUUCAUUUCAUAUUCAUCUUUUUUGUUUUAAAAUCUGAAUUAUUUUAGAUUAUUGGCUCUAAAUCAAUCUCUGAAUGGUUAACUGUGAUGAAAGCACUCCUGAUGCGCUAUGAUGCAAAGCAUUUCAGGCGUGUCAGUGGCUGUGAUGUUGGGUUCAACCAGGAGCUGGAGAGUUGGAAGAGUGAUUGAAAUGGUAGAAGGGACAUCCCAGCUUCAAGUGGUCUAAGAUUUCAUAUCCUACGUUAGAGGGUCUGAACCUGUCCCAGAACAACAGAGGUCUCCCGAACGGGACCUUAAGUCUAAGAGGUUUUAAACACUAGUUGUUUUUGUAUUUUUUUAUUUGCUCUUUAAACAACAAAUAAAAUAUACUGAUGUACAGAA